AUGUCUUCUUUUAACGAAGUCGAUGUUUUUAUUAGUAAUUACACUUUAGUAGAUCCAGAAGUUUAUCAACUUUGGGUGGAAGGACAUUCGUCUACAGAAGCAGUUAAUACAUUAGAAAGCAGAGAAAUUGUUCAACAAACAGGUGCUUCAUUAGAUUUAGUCGAAUCAGAUGUUUUAGAUCAUUAUAGAACUUACAAUUUACUCGAAAAAUUACUUCACAAUCCGAUUAAAUUAGCCGAGCAACUGUCUUUUCAAUUAGAACCACAAACACAACAAUUACUGAUUGAAAAGUAUUAUGAAUUUGAUGAUUCUGUAAUUAGAGAAUUAUUGGGUAAAAAAUUAUCAUCGAGACAUAGGAAAGAUUUGGAUGAAGUCAGCGAUAAAACCAAUGUAUUAUUGAAAUCAUGUCGUAGGCAAUUUGACAAUGUCAAAAGAGUUUUUAAGACUGUCGAAGAAUUAACUGGUAACAUGGUACAAAACAUAAAGAGUAAUUUUUUAUUAUCAGACGAAUUGAGCAGAAAAUAUGGUGCCAUUGUUUUUAUCGCUUGCGUCAGAUUUGAAACAUCUAAAAGAAAAUUACAAUAUUUAACCUUUUCCGAUUUUUAUCACUGUGCCAUGGCGAUCAUGAAUAAAUGGACUUACAGAGAUGCAUUUCCUGAAUUCGAUUUGGACAGAGAAUUUUUAUUAGAUUUAAGAGAUGUGAGAAUACUUUCAGAGAAAGAAAGAGAACACAAACAUUUGGUAUGUAAUAGAUUAAAACCGACGUUGCUGGAAAGAUCUUACGUGGAAUUAGAAAAUAAUUUUAGAUCUUAUUCGAGAGCCAUUGUUGGUUUGGCAUGUAACUUACACAGAUCGAGAGAAUUAAGAUCCCUUUUCGUCGAGCUCGUGGAAAGAUGUAUCGAACCGUGGAGACAAGUUUCUUGGUCUCAUUCUGAUUUGAAAAAUUUCUUAUUAGCUUAUGAACAGUGUGCUAUCGAAAUGGAUGUUUUAAGGGAAGGUGAUUUAAAAGCUGCUUGGGAAAGAUACAUGACAACGAUAUCAUAUUGCUUACUUAGAAUGUAUCAUUAG